AUGGAGUGGAAAGGAAAAUUUGAAGUAUUUGAUAGUGAUUAUUGGGCGCUGACAAAUUUAAUAAGAGUAGAUACUGAAAUUGGAGAAGAAAAAAUCAAGUAUGAUUGGAGCGACGGGAUAAUGUUACGGCGAUUCAAAGACAAAUUCGAACUGGAGGAUAAUUACAUAGUUAUAUAUACGGACGGGUCGAAGCAAAAGGAAAAGAAAAGCGUGGGGGUCGGAAUAACGAGGGAGGAUUCGGAUAUAGGAUAUCAAAUGAGUAUAAACCGAAAUUGCUCAAUUUUUACAGCGGAGGCAGUAGCUGUAGAAAAGGCUAUAGGAUUUUUACAAGAAAACGGAGAUAAUAAAGACGUAUUAAUCUUAACUGAUUCCAAAAGUGUGUGCGAAAGUUUAUGUAGAAAUAGGAUAAAUGUUCAUAAAAAUAGCUAUAUCACACGAAUAAGAAAAAGAAUAUACGAUUAUCAACGAAUUCGCACCAGAUUAGAUAACAGAGAAAUUAAAAUGGUCGUAGGAUGGAUUCCAGGGCACAAAGGAAUACAGGGAAAUGAAUUGGCGGAUAAGUUAGCUAAAGAAGCAACAAAUUUAGAGACAGACGAGAGGGUGAAGGUGCCAUAUAAGGAUUGGACAGCGUUGUAUAAAGAAGAAAUGUAUACGAGAACGGCAGAUAGGGUGGAGAUUGAGGGAAAAUACAAGGGAAAAAAUUAUUUCAGUAGGUUUUAUAGUAGAGAGAGAAAGAAACCAUGGUUUCAAGCGAUAAAACAAGAAAGAGGUUUUGUAACUAUGGUGAACAGAUUACGAACGGGACAUUUUAAUUUGAAUGAUUCAUUAGCAAAUAAAAAUAUAAUAGAAAGUCCUAGAUGCGAAUGCGGAGCAGAGAGACAGACUAUAGAACACGUAGCUUUCGUUUGUUGUUAUCGUGACGCCUCGAGAACUAAAUUUUACAGAUCAUUGGAAGCAAUGGACAUUGGUUAUCCUUAUGAUAUACAGUUGUAG